CAUCAAAUCUAAUCAAUAAAAAAUAAUAAAAAAAUAUGAGAGAAUUAAAUAAUAGUUACGCUUAAUUACCACAAUUUCUGCACCAGCAUUUAAAGACAAAGAAUGAUUUGCAAAUAUUUUCAAAAAGAAUACCAGUGGAUGAAAUAAUUUCGCCACAAAAUUUCCCCAAUGUCAGUCAGCCGUAAGUCAGACAAUGUUACUCGUUCAACAUGAACCUUGGCAAAUUCACAAUAUUUCUGUGUAAUUGUUAUUCAAUUUUUAAAUCUGUGACAUCCGAAAUUUGUUUGAAACAAUGGGGCAUACAAUUAAACAUUGCAAAUCAAAGUUUCGAAAAGGUAGUUGCAGAUUAUUUUCGAACUAAAACUCAUAUCCUUGGAGUGGCCGUCUAUUUGGAAUACUCCUGAGAUUGGAUGCAUGAAAUAGAGCGUUACAUUACGUUGGCUUUUGCUGGAAGAGAUUCAAUGAAAUUUGAAACUUCUAGCCAGGGGAAUAAGCAAAGCCUGCUGUAUGGCUAUAACUUAUGGUAUGUGGAUUCGUAUAAGGCAUUUUGCGCUCUCUUGCCGGCAAUUGGGAGAAAUGAAUAUGUACAAAAACUGGGUCAAUAUAUGGUGGUUAUGAAAACUGCCAAACAUCUGAAUGGGGACCAGGAACUGCAGCGAAUUUUUCAACACGCCUACGAACACAGGAUCCUCGAUAUUACAGUGGCCAUGUACCGGAAGCGGUUUAUUUUCACAUUAUACUCCUAUGAUGUUUUUCAUCCUUCCAAAUGUCGACAUGUGGUUAUACAAAAAAUUAACACAUUUGAGGGCGGCCAUUUGACAAGGAGCGACAUUUUCCCCAUAAAGUUACAAAAUUUACAUAAAUGUCCCAUUGAUGUUUUUGUGCAUCUAACCGAACCAUAUUUCAAUUAUUCCCUCGAUGUCGUUAAUGGGGAAUUAACAAAUUUUUGGGGUUUGGAGGCAUGGAUUUUGAGAAUCAUGGCGAAAAAGCUUAACUUCAAAUUACGGCUGCAACAGUCGAGAGGCGCAACCAUUGGCCUUGUAUUCGAAAAUGGUACUAUAACAGGGCCAUUCCUGGCAAUGACCCAGGGAAAAAUUGAUGUACUUGUGGGCUAUUAUCAUUCUAAGGUUCGGGCUAGAAGGUUUGGCGUGAGCAUGCCGUAUUUACUAACACCAUUGGUGUUGGUGAUACCCAAGCGAGAGAAACGCACUUUCGAAGGUGGAUGGCUGUUGGUUCCAUUCCAAAAUGAUGUUUGGUUGCUGCUCUUAGUCUCGCUGAUGUUUGGAUUAACAACAUUCCUGGUGCUUCGUUACACUCCAAACAAUGCUGUUGUGGCUCAAAACUCAUGGUUGGAUGUGGUUGGCCUGGCUUUGGGCAGUUCCCGAAACAUCCGCUAUCAUAGCAUGGGUACAAAAUAUUUUGUUAUGCUAUGGACUUUUGGAUUUGUCAUUGUGUGGGGUGCAUUUCAGGGUAAAUUGUAUGGAGCCUUUCAUAUUGAUGUGGUCCCGCCAGCCCAUACAGUGGAGGAUUUAGUAGCAGACAACUACACAUUCCACAUUCGAAGGUAUUUCCGAGGAGAUUUGAUAGAAGCUUUAAAUAUUCCCCCAACACAAAUCGUAUUCACAGACGUUUCCGAAACUCAGAGUGAUUUUAUUGCCCAACUCCAAGCUCCACAUCCGUAUGCCAUAAUGACCGAUUACUGGCUGUUUCAGAACUUUCUCAAAACUCACAAUAUGCAUGACAGAUUUGAAAUAAUUCCGCACAUUCUAAUCUGGAAUCAAAUGUGUGCCUAUUUCAGGCCAAAAUCGUUUUUAAUUGAACCGUUUGAUCGAAUUUUUGACGCUCUGCAUUCGGGGGGCUUAAUCAAGAAAUGGCUGGAGGAGGUCGGAGAACAAAUUCAGGUGUCGGUCUCAGUGAAAAAUGUUCCAAAUACAGAGCCCGAACCACUGUCACUGACCAAAAUGUUAAUUAUAUUUAAAGGUCUUUUGGUUCUGCAUGUCGUAUCGUUGUUGGUGUUUAUGGGUGAAAUUGUAUUAUCGAAGAAGAAUUUGAAUCGGAAAAAAGUUUUAAGGAAAAUAAGAAAUAAUAUU